AUACUCGUACACAUAUAGCGCAUGACAAAGCAGCAUACUGCUUCAUAUGACCUCGCUUGGGGGCGAAAUAUGCACUUAGCAUGGUUUCUUCGUGGCCUGGAGCGUCAUACGAUGCACCAAAAGUUCCAGAUUCUAAGAGUUUGACCAAGCUACGCAAGUUCCAGCAAGUAGUAAAUCAGCGUUUAGAUGAACUCUACGCAACGGGGUCAUUUGAAACUUUGAGUUCAUUUGCUUUACAAAGCAUAGAUGCCUUGGAUAAUCUCAAUGAAGGUGGAUACGCUCGAACAGCUCGAUCCAACUUCGACACCGGCAGUAAUUCCGGUGAAGAUGGGUCUCAUUAUUUGACUGAUGUAGGCACUGACAGUCUUGAACACAGUUUGAUGGAAGAUGACGAUCUGAUUCUUUCAUUGGCAUUCACUAAAUCAGUACAAGUCUACCAAUAUGAGUAUUCUAACAAUAGUGAUGUAGACCACCUGCUACUUUCUUAUGAUCUCUAUAAUACUCUGCAUCUGGCUCUAAUAGAUGCUUUAAUACACUUUGAAGCAUGGGAUCAUACCUAUGAGAAAAUAAUGGAGCUUGGGAUUAUACUGUAUCUGUUGAAAAUAGAGUUGCGUAAAGGACUGAGAAAACUUAAUGAAAGUUCAGGGUCUUCUACAUCAUGGUUUAGAGAAUCCCUGUUGAUUAACAUACUAGAAAAGCGUGGUAUUCGAUUAAAAGAUGUAGAGGAAGUUGGUGUGAAAGAUGUCCCUCCAUACGUUGUGAGGAUGUUCACCAAUGAACUACAGCUAGAACUUUGGUCCAGAGUUGUUAUGAUAUGGUUACGUGAUUCAUCGCUGCAUAACAUCCUCGAUAAACUACAGUGUCUGCCACUAAAUGUUCGAACCAGAUUGUACAUAAAUGCAAAAUCAUCCAUUUUACAAAAGAAGACUAGGAGUAAUGGUUUCAUGAUUAACAGUGAUACAGUCAAUAUGAGUUCGUCGUUUUGCGCGGCAAUGAGUUUCAGUGGCAUUGAUAGUUGCAAUGAGCGACAUUGUGCCUGCCAUUGGAACAACAUCAGAUAUAAGAAAGUGUUUGCCUAUGUACUAUCUGCCAAUACUUGCUAUCGUCGGUAUUCGUUAGAGGGAUGGCUCAUUCUUGCGCAAAUAUCUAUGGAUGUUGAUGAAGAGUUCAGCUCGUCAUUGUUCUUUAUGAUCUAUAUGGUAUUGCGUAUAAUGGAGUCGGAUAUCAUACAGCCAUUACCGAUGUCUAGAUCUCGCAUCGAACGUUGGAAUAAUAAUCCUACAAAUAUAUCCAAAGAACAAAUCAAAAGGAUAGAUCCAAGCUCAUUCAUCAUGAAAUAUUCAUGGUCACAGCACUGCAUGGACCAGAAGGUUAGAUGUGUGAUGUCCGAUGUGGAUGUACUCUGGCUAAGACGUAACUGGAAUUGGAGACGUCUGCUUCUUAACGACUGUUCUCUGAAGCAUGGUAUAGAUAAAUAUGUUGGAUGUAAGAAGCACCAUCUAGAGUAUAUGAUAAUGUUUGACGUGGACCGUACGAUUAACUACAGUGCCGCCGAUCUUUUCAUUGAAACCUACGUCAAUAACUCGUACAUAAGCAAUGAACAGAACACAUCAUUAACGCUUGAAAUAUCUCGACAUGAUAUGGGUCUGCAAAUUUCUACCAUAGAUAAAGGAUGCGUCAAAUCGAUACACCUAGAAGACGUCGUCAUGUCUAACCAAUCUUUUGAAAUGUCCAUACAAUUCAGCCCUUUAUGUCGAUACGUGACUGUUAAGAAGAAAAAAGGGGGAAUUAAAUUACCAUCAGAGUCCACAUGCAGCAAAUAUUGCAAAGGGAUUAUUACGAAAGAAGAUACCGCAAUAUGCGAACCUCUUAUCCAGGGCUAUGAUCCAAAAAUAUUGCUUGCAAUUGUUGCCUUUUGCAUCAGCGUUGAUCGUGAAUACACGGUAUUACACUUUAAGCAAUCACUGGAAUAUCUUAAUUACAAAGAUACCUUGCGUAAAAAGGGUAAGAGAUUCCUUCGUCAGUUUUUUUCGUGGUUACCAGUACGCAAAAGUGAAGAAACCAAUCGUAUGUUGGGGUUCCAAAAGAAAAUCCGUACAAAGUUUAGAUAUCAAGCUCACAAGGCGUAUAAUAAAGCCUCCUCAGGGGAAAAUAUGGAUAGUACAGGUUUCGAUAGGAUUCUUGCUUGCCGCUGUACAUCGAAUGUAUCACGACCAAUAACUUCAUCCAAAGACCCGCUAUACCUUGUAAAUGAUAAUGAGGGUUCUGUGGUUUUUAAGCCAAAAGUACGAUUCCAUUUUUCGUUACUUAAGAAUCGGGUUUUUAACAAAUCAGAGAGAUUCAUGCAUUCUUCAUAUGCUGCCAAGCCUUAUAUUUACAACUAUGGCACACGCUAUGUUACGUUUUGCAAUAACUGCGCUAAUGGAUAUGGAUAUCGCAUUAAUUUAUGUGACUCGUCGCAAUUAGAGCCGGCCAUGUUCAAUAGGACAGAUUCAAUGAGCAAUGUUGGCGAUAUCAAUCUUGCAAAUACUUCACCAGAGGUUUUAGAUACAUGUUCAUUUUGCCUAAUUGAUCGCAUGAUUCUCCUGGUCAAUUGGUUGUCUCAUUUUGUCUUUACAUCAGGAAUUUGGCUCCAAAAUCGCAAUGCGAUUGUUGCAUUACCAAAGACAUGUCCAUAUACGGAUGGAAAAACAAAACGGUGUCCAUUAGAAGAGUUAAAGCCUAAUAAACAUAAAUCUGCGUCUACCGGUGAAGGUACACAUGAUCAAAAGAUGGUUGGAUACGUUUCUGAACUACACGUAACAGAAAGUAAACGUUACGCUAAUGUGGACCCAUUUGCUAGUAGCAUCCUUUUGCUUAAUGAAGUUGUAGAAUCUGCUAUACUAGUUCAGUUGGCAACUUUCUUUAAUGAACAGCAGUAUGAUCAUCUCUUGUUUAGGUUGGCACUGCUACAGGUGUUGCAAGGGCGUUGGAAUCUUUGUCUAUCAUUGCUUCGACAACUUUAUGGGAAAUCGUUUCAAUAUAGCACGCCAUUUUCACGCUCCAGUGUUCCUGUGUCGAAAGAAAACGCAGGUCUGUCAUGCAUUGAAGCAACAUUUGUAUCACACCUUUCUGCAAAGAUUUUGGUUGAAUUGGUCGAUCAGCCUUAUCUAGCAAUCGAACAGUUUGAGAGUGAUCCAUAUAUAUCUAAAUCGUUAAAUAAUGUAGACAAUAUAAGGUCGUAUAGCGAACAAGAUGAAGAUCGCGAUAUGAAUAGCAAUCUGCUUUCCAAAAACGAUAGUGUUGUUUCAGCCAAAUCAUGGCUACUUUUCGGUGCAGCGCAUCUUAAGCUACGUUAUGUAGAAAUUGAUCCUAACUCAGCACAUUUGACUGACAUUACAGGAACGCGAUGGGAAGUGCAUGACCCAGAGCUAGGUAUAAUACCAAUAUUAGAGUGCUCAAGCAACAAUGAUACGGUUCAGAUGUGUUUCAACACUGCUGGGGAUCAGAUAUGCGGUAAUAAACGUGUACCUAUGGCCAUGGAGUGUAUAUUGAAAUCAUUGUCUCUUGACCCGCUUUGCUACAAGGCGUGGUUAUACUUGGCGCACUGUAGCAUGCUUGGGCAUGAUUAUGAAUUUGCAUACGCAUGUUGUAAUAGGAGUAUUGACUGUUACGACUCUUGUCUGGCAGCGUGGCUGACAAAAGCUGUGGUACUGAGUUCACGGGCAAGGAGCACUGCUCCGGUUCGUACUGCAAGCGGCAUUUGGGAAAGAUAUAACACCAUCUUUACACAAACUGCUAUUAACGAUCAUCAAUCACGGGAAUUGAAUUGUAAAGCGAUUCCCGUACCUUUCGAUCCCGUGUUCACUAGUUUUGCAAAAGAUGAAAAUGAGCUAUCUACUCAUAUAUCUAGGGCUGUUGGUGGGAAUUUGAAAGAGUGUAUGGAUGCGUUAAUCAUUUCUGCACGCUUUGGUAGCGCUUAUUCUUACGCUGGCGCUUUACAAAUUGCAUGUAGAACUGCAGAAGAGUAUUGUGAUGAUUUUCCAUGGGAAAUAGAACAACCGACGCCACGUUCGAGCCAAAUCGAUCCUAGCAAGCUGUUACUAGUCUUAACAGCUAGUGUUGAAUGUGCAGCACAUUGCAUGGAUUACGUGAAACGGGGGAGUAUACCCAUACAAGACUUACAAAAAACAUAUGCUGCCAUCCAGUCACUAGUUGCUACCGCCGUGUCACGCAAGCUAUUUCUUUCAUCCAUUCCGUUUCUUAGGUCACUAUGUCUAAUGUUUUUGCUGGAUGUAGUGGCUGAUUUACGUUCGGGAUUAGUAACUAAAUGUGGUGAAUCCAACAAAUCAUAUAUCGAGGAGGAAGUUUACGGUUGGAUAACGUUUUUAGAAGUUUUAUCGCAAUGUGGCCACGCCUCUAUGGCUGAGUUAUUCAUACCACUGCUAGAGUGCUACCUGGAUGUAUGUCCACCAACAACUCCAGAACCCGAUUCUUCUGGAUACGACACUGAUAGCCAAUAUACAACUUCACAAUCGGGGGGAUAUUGCUAUGGUGACAUUAAAAGAUAUUUUGGAGACAUGUCAAUGAUUGCAAGUGAUUUAUUAGCAGAGGCUGCAUUCACGCGUUUAUAUGUCCGAUCGUUUAAGUCAAAUAAGACUGAACUUGGGAAUCUGCUGUCUGAAAUAAGAAUCACAUCAUGUGUUUAUAACAGUCGUAAGCUACGGCUGUUAGAAGCCCGCGUUCUCGCAGGGCUCCAAGAGUUUGAACAAUCUGCUGAAGUGUUCGAUCCUCUUUUACGUAGAGGGUUUGUCGGAACUACAUCCACCGAUUAUGUUUUCGAAUAUCGGGCGAUGGAAGUCUAUUCAAAGGUUCUCGGUGCUCUUGGUGAGCAUCUAGAGUCUGCAGCUGUAAAAUCCUUUGCAGAGCAAUGUUACUUCACUACACCCAUACUGAGGUGUGACAUGUGUCUAAUCCCACCUCUAUGAAAAUCACGUCAACGGGUUGCGUAACAUUGGUGUAUAUUUC